AUGACGAUCAUCGCUACCGCCGCUUGUCCUUCUUCUGCCGCCGCCACCGCCGCCAGCGCAGCCCGGAACAACCGCGAAGCCGCCGCUGUCGCAGAGGAGCUAGAAGCCAGCUCCCUGGUGGUGGUGCCCCGCGCCCUGCACCUGGACAACGUGGCGGCGGUGGCGGCCGUGGGCCCGCUGUUGAGCUCGGGCGCCCGGCGGGAGGCGUUCAGGGAACACCUGGGGCAGGUGGCUUGCUGCCUAGCGAUAGAGCGGGCCAAGGGCGCCGAAUCCUUCUGGCUGCCGUACGUUCGUACACUGCCAGACAUGCCCCCUAAUCCCUGGCUACUGACGGGUACGGACCUAGCCGAGGCAGCUCGGCGGCGGUACGGCGGAAUGGCCGAGGAGACGCUGGAGGUGGUUGGCUCUGACCGGGCGCAACUGAAGCUAGACCACGAGGGCCUUAUGUGGGCCAUUGGGCAGGUGGUGUCGCGCUCAUUGGGGUCGGGCCGCGCGUCCGGCCUGCUGCCCCUCAUCGACAUGGCCAACCACUGCUCGGCAGCCCGACCGCCCCUCAUGAUGCUGGACGAGCAAGACAGAUUGGUGUUCACACUGACCAGCAUCAGGAACGGGGAGCUGGCACCCCUGGAGACUGGACAGGAGUUGUUCAUCAGCUACCAAGCGGAGGACAUGAGCCCCCUUCAGGCCUGGCUGAAGCAGAGUAAAAAUAUUUGA